AUGGAUGCUGAGUAUGUCCUGUGCAAUUGGAAAGGCCAUUUUUGGCCAGCAAAGGUUUUGUCCAGAUCUAGGAUCUCACCAAAAAAUAAGAGGAAAGGGGCACUUUCUCUAAAAGUUGAGAUACUCUCCGUAGAUGAAAAAAUUGAAGUGAAAAGCACAGACAUAAAGAUCCUAAAUGAGUCUCAAAUUGAAUACAUUACCUCCUUGCUAAUAGCCGAGUCGGAGGCCAGUGUCCCACCAGGACAGGAAGUGCCCUACAGAAACGCUCUUACAGUGGCACUGGAGAUUCUGAAUGAGAGAGCAAAUUUGGGUCCAGCAAGAGCAUCAGAUGAUCCAGAGACCAUUAAGCCGUCCCAAAGGGGACCACAAAAGCGAUCUCGUAGAAAGUACCGGAAGCCCAAAGGGAACUUACUGAGGGGUCUUAGGAAAAGCAAAAAACUCAAAUCGCUGCUGGUACGUUCACAGAGUGAGGACGCCCCAGACGGUGGCCGACCACGGGCACACAGAACCGUCACUCCUAUUCCAAGGAAAAUGCAAGGGGAGUCCUCACAAAGCUCCAGCAUGUACCCAAACUUCCCGUCACUUUCAGAGGGUGAUUAUGAGAAAGAGGGCAAGGAAAAGAGGGACACCUCAAGAGUUAGGCCCUUGCGUUGCCCAGUCAAGGAGGAGGGUACAAGUGCUAAAGAUGGAGGCGCCCUUCCAUCUCUGCCACCAGGGUUCAACCUCACUGUACCCAAGGCUCUGAAAGAAGAGGCACGUGACACCGACCCAAAGACCCUGGCCGUCUCCUCUGAAUGCUCUGCCUUCUCCGGGAAUGUUGGGGACCACGGAGAGGGUCCCUGGAAGCCAGGCUUGGAAGGUGUGGCAGCAUCCUCCAGUGCCCCUAACCCGAAGCUGCGUUAUUCACUCCGUCUGGCAAAUAGAAAAAGGAAGCUGCAGGUACCAGAGUUUGAGAAAGGGCUGCAAGGACUUCAGCCUUCCGUCAACUCAAAGGCUAUCAGCCCCACCACUGCUAUUAAAAAGGAUGUCAGCAAGGAAAUGGGACAACCGACAAGCAUGGCUUUUCCACAGGAGCCUUGUCCCAUUGAAGGAGGAAUGAUGGUCUGGUUCAAAUUCCAGGAUCACCCAUUUUGGCCAGCGGUGGUAAAGAGUGUCAGCCAAACAGAGCAGACUGCAAGGGUGCUUUUGAUUGAGGCAAACAUGCACGGCGAAAUGAGGGGCAUUCGAGUUCCUCUUCGAAGAUUAAAGCAUCUGGACUGUAAAGAGAAAGAAAAACUGAUGAAGAGAGCCAGGAAAGUGUACGAGCAAAGUGUGAACUGGUGUUUCUCCCUGAUUUCCCACUACAGAGAAGGGCUCAGUCGCGGGUCUUUUGGAGGCUCUUUCCUGGACUAUUAUGCUGCCGACAUCAGUUACCCAAUUAGGAAAGCCAUCCAAGACGGGGAUGUGGAGAUUGAUUUCCCAAAGGUGAAUUAUGCCGACCUGGAAGAUUCUGAGGAGGAGGCCUCCCUGGACGGGAAGAGGCCCUGCAAGAAAAUUCUCCCUGACCGCAUGAGGGCUGCUCGGGACCGAGCCAACCAGAAGCUAGUGGACUUCAUCGUGAAAAGAAAGGGAGCUGAUCACCAUCUUCUGGACAUUGUCAAAGGCAGGAAAGAGUCCAGGUGGCUGGCAUCAUUUCUGAAUUCAAGCAGGUACGUGAUCUGCAUUGAAACAUACCUGGAGGAUGAAGACCAGUUGGAUGUGGUGGUGAGACAUUUACAAGAAAUCUACAAACAGAUAGACAAGAAAAUGCUGACUCUGACAAGGGAUGACAAAGUGAGUUUUGUUCUGGAAGUUCUUCUGCCAGAAGCAAUCAUUUGUUCAAUAGCUGCACUUGAUGGAUUAGGCUACAAGGAGGCAGAACAAAGGUACCUCCAGGGGCCACCUGUGCAUUACCGGGAAAAAGAGCUAUUUGAUAAAAAUAUCCUCAAGGAAAUGAGAAAGGGACCAGCAACAAGGGGCAAAGCUAAAUAA